GCAGACCAAACACACCCCCGGGUUGGCGGCGGGAGAGGUGGGGCCGGGAGGAGCCUCCGGCCCCGUUAUAUUGAAAGCCCCCCCGUGCUCGCCCUCUCUCUGCUCCCAUCACAUCGCCAGGCCGCGGGAAUGACGUCCUACACAGACAAGGGGGAAAAGCCCCAACGAGGCCGCUUCAUCCACUUCCACUCCAUCACCUUCUGGGUCGGCAAUGCCAAGCAGGCUGCAUCCUACUACUGCAACAAGCUGGGCUUCGAGGAGCUGGCCUACAGGGGGCUGGAGACCGGCAGCAGGGAGGUGGUGUCACAUGUCAUCAAGCAGGACAAGAUCGUGUUUGUUUUCUCAUCCGCUCUGAACCCAGGGAAUGAGGAGAUGGGGGAGCACCUGGUGAAGCACGGGGACGGGGUGAAGGACGUCGCCUUCGAGGUGGAGGACUGUGACUUCAUCGUGCAGAAAGCCAAGGAGCGUGGUGCUGUGGUGGUGAAGGAGCCCUGGGUGGAGCAGGACAAAUUUGGGAAGGUGAAGUUUGCAGUGAUCCAGACGUAUGGUGACACCACCCACACCUUGAUAGAAAAGCUCAACUACAAGGGCCUGUUCCUCCCUGGGUACCACCCACCCCUCUUCAAGGACCCCCUGCUGUCCAAGCUACCAAGCACCAAGCUCAGCUUUGUCGAUCACGUUGUGGGGAACCAGCCUGACCUGCAGAUGGUCCCAGUGGCAGACUGGUACCAGAAGAACCUGCUCUUCCACCGCUUCUGGUCAGUGGAUGACAAGCAGCUGCACACCGAGUUCAGCGCCCUGCGCUCCAUCGUGGUCACCAACUACGAGGAGACCAUCAAGAUGCCCAUCAAUGAGCCAGCACCUGGCAAGAAGAAAUCCCAGAUCCAGGAAUAUAUUGAUUACUACGGAGGGGCCGGAGUCCAGCACAUCGCCCUGAACACCCCUGACAUCAUCUCAGCAAUCACCAACCUGAAGCAGAGGGGCAUGCAGUUCAUGGAUGUGCCCUCCAGCUACUACCAGGUGCUGCGGGAGAGGCUCAAAACUGCCAAAAUCAAAGUGAAGGAGAGCAUUGACAAGCUGGCGGAGCUGAAAAUCCUGGUGGAUUUUGAUGAAAAAGGCUACUUGCUCCAGAUCUUCACCAAGCCAGUUCAAGACAGACCCACGGUGUUUCUGGAGGUGAUCCAGAGGCACAACCACCAGGGCUUCGGUGCUGGGAACUUCAAGUCUCUGUUUGAAGCCAUAGAAAUGGACCAGGAUGCCAGAGGAAACCUGACAGUGCUGGAGCCCAACGGGGAGACCAAGAGGAUGUAGGGGAUGGCAGGAAGUGCUGCCCUCAUCCCCAAGGAGCUGAAUCCCAAGUGAACUGGGAAAUGUCCCCUGUUUUGGUAAAUAGCCCAGACUCGAGUGCCACAAAGCCAGGGAAGCCACUGCCAAGCUGGACAAUGUGAAAGGACCCAACACCUCUCCCAGCCCAGCCCUGGCACUGCCCCUCGGUGACUCCUGGGAGAUGGGCGUGGGAAAUAGCAAACACACUCUCAAAAAGCACUUAAUCUGAUCCAAACCAUGGAAUUCUUCACAAAGGGCAGAUUCAAGGCAUGUGCCAAAGCCACGCAGCUACAGAGGAAGACAGAAGAAACAACUGGGAGUGCUCACAUUUGGUCCAUGCAAAGUUUUAAUUUUAGCUACACGGGAAGCUGCGAAAGCGCGGAGGCGUUUUCCUCUCUGCACGUCUCCUUUUGUAAGAUUUUGGUUUAAUUGCUUUUAGACUCAAUCUUGAAUUUGAAUUUGCUGAGAAUAAACAUGGUUUUAGGGUAGCUCCAA